AUGGCUUGCUUCGGGUGGUAAUUACUGUUGCGUAGCUCCCACGCGCGAGCGCAUGGGCUGCUGCGACGAUCGCGACAACAACGCGCGCGUGGUGUGAGAUUCUUGCACAAGUAGGUAGGUAUGUAGAUGAUGGCAAAACGAUUUUUUCGGUUGAGUUACCCGCAGUCGGAUUUGGGGUGUUGUCGCUGCCGGAAGAAUCAGGAUGCGGUCGGGUGUCCGUUUUGCGGAAAUGAUACUUGGAUUUUUGCUUUUUACGUCGAUUUGGGGCGCGAUGCAGGAGGGGGUCGAGCAGAAGAAGACAGUGAAGCAUCGGAAGCAGAGCAACAAGUAUGAUAUUAGUUUCUUUGAUGUGAAUACGAAUCGGACGUUCCGAUAUCCAGUGGUGAGCUUUGCGAAGCCCGGGGAUGAAGAAGAUGAUCGAGCGCGCCAGGAAGUCUAUGGGAACCAGUGUCAGUGCGAGGGGUUGCAGUGUAGAUGCUGUAUGGGGAUGAAGAUCCGCCAGCUUGGAUUCAAUCGGCAUUUUUGCACAAAACUCUCAUACGAACCGUACGAUUUCGCCAUCAAAAUGGACGUCCUGAUGAACGACAGCAGCAUCUUUCAGAACUCCUUCUCGGCCAAGAACCCUCCACCGGUUUGCCUGCCAGUGCCCAUUCCCUACAUCCCACUCAACGCGGACCUCUGCUUCCGAUUCUUCGACAUCUACACUCCGCGACUCAAUCUGCACGCCUGCAUGGACGUCGAGGCUCGAGUCUGGCGAUUUCCACUGCUGAUCUUGCACUUCGAUUGCAUGCGAAUGGGACAGGAUGGGUUCACGCUGCUCAAGCCGGAGGAUGGCGAUGGAUUUGAGGCUAUAUAUCCGGAAUUACCACCACCCGACAUGCAGCAAGCCUCCAUCGACGUGUACGACGAGGUGGAAGGCAUCAAGAAGGGGCAAACGAAUCGAGUUCAAUAAAAAUCCCAAACCACCAUGA